AUGAAACGCCACGGUGGUGAUGAUGAUUUAGGCUCGUCGGAUAACUAUGAAAGUGGAAAAUCCGGCAAGCGACAACGCCCGGAUAGUUAUCAGGAAGCUCUGGCAGUUGGCAAAUAUGAAUUAAGGCUAUUAGUAUCCAGUCGUGGGGCUGGUGGAAUUAUCGGCAAAGGUGGCGAAAAUAUCAAACGAUUAAGAUCGGAGUACGAUGCGAAUGUCACAGUCCCCGAUAGCCAGACUCCUGAACGAAUUGCUACCAUUGUUGCAACAAUUGAAAACGUACUCGCAAUUGUUACCGAAAUUAUUCCGAAACUUGAUGAUAGUCGAGAAGGUGAUUCCAAUCGUCCAAUAGAGCUUCGUGUUUUGGUACAUUCGUCACAUGCUGGUGCCGUUAUCGGACGUCAAGGAUCGAAAAUUAAGGAAAUGAAGGAAGAACUUGGUGUGCAAAUGAAGGUAUUUGCACAAUGUCCACCUCAGUCUACAGAACGUGUUGUAUCAAUUAAAGGAGCCCCCGACAAAAUAAUAGCUUGUGUGAACCAUAUCAUGAACAUGCUUAAAGAGAUUCCAAUCAAAGGAGUAACGAAGCCAUAUGAAUCGAUGUUUUAUGAUCCAAGCUAUUCAGCUGAGUAUGGUGGAUAUCCACCGGAUCGUAACUAUCGCGGUCCAAUGAUUCGUGGACCAAUGGCGAUGACUUCAUACGGUAAUUAUGGCCGUAAUUUUCCACGACAGAUUGGCGGACGUGGUCCUUUAUCAGCUGUUGCGUUACCACCAUAUAUGGGCCCGGAAGAAAGCACUCAGGUGACGAUACCAAAUGAGCUCGGUGGUACCAUAAUUGGUAAGGGCGGUGAACGUAUCAAUAGAGUACGUGAAGAAUCAGGAGCUCAGAUCGUUGUGGGACCACAGCAGGAAUCUGGCGAGCGUAUCAUAACGAUUACUGGUACCUCAACAGCUAUACAAACAGCCCAGUAUUUGUUGCAGCAAUGUGUUCGCCAAUCCGUUGCGGGACGAAGAUAUUUGAAUGAAAUAUAA